AUGGAGAACGCACUACAGAAGCCUCAGUUGCUGUCGAGAAGAGAUACCAUGAUUGCUGCUUUGGGUCGGGCAGAGGCAUUUCUUGAAGCUUACGACGAACAACGGGACCAGUCACAAGUUCGAUUACGGUUGGAGUAUCUCGACUCAAUGUGGAAGUCUCUGGAGCAGGUGCAGGGUCAACUUGAAGAUUCUGAAGCGACAAGCGAAGGUAGGGUACAGCAUGCUGCAACGCGUGCGGAUUUCGAACCACGGUUAUUUAGAAUUAAAGGAGACUUAAUUUCUAAACUACCCGUCUCUCCAAUCACCAACGCGCAAGUUCCUCAGCCCCCUCUCUCCACCUCGUCUCUCUCUGGAAUACGUUUACCUACGAUUUCUCUUCCCGAAUUCGAUGGUGACUAUGAGCAAUGGUUACCAUUCCACGAUACAUACGUCGCUCUAAUCCACAACAAUCCCGACCUUCCUGAAAUACAAAAAUUCCAUUACUUGAGGGCAGCUUUGAGGGGAGAAGCUGCGCAGUUAGUUGAGUCGAUUCCAAUCUCGUCGGCUAACUACAAUCUGGCGUGGAAUACACUAACUGGCCGUUAUGCUAACGAGUACCUUCUAAAGAAGAGGCAUCUUCAGGCGUUAUUCGAUAUUCCCCCCGUCAAAAGGGAAACAGCCGCUACUUUACACAGUUUGGUCGACGACUUUGAACGGCAUACGAAAAUUUUGCACCAAUUGGGAGAACCUACUGAUAGCUGGGGUGCGAUACUAGAGCAUCUACUAUGUACACGUCUACACGAUGACUCUCUCAAGGCAUGGGAGGAUCAUGCAUCGACAGUUGACAACCCGAAUUAUACGUGUCUCAUCGAGUUUCUUCAACGGAGGAUUCGUGUGCUGGAAUCAAUAUCGGUCAACCAUCACCAUUCAAAUUCUAACACAACCGUGCAGCCGCCGAACGUCAAACGAUUCCACAAUCAUCAAAGACUCUCUUCGUAUUCGUCCACCGCAACCGCCAAUGGAAGGUGUCCAGCUUGUGGUCAGCAGCAUCCGCUGCUAAGAUGUCAGAAGUUCUAUCGGUCAUCUGUCUCUGAACGAUUGAAUGUAGUCAACGCGUACAGGCUAUGUAUUAACUGCUUAUGCGCAAACCAUAUUGCACGUGACUGCUCGUCAAAUUUCAAUUGUAAACACUGCAACAGACGUCAUCACUCGCUCUUGCACACAAGUCCAUCGGAAGAGCAUUCAUCCAACAAUUCCACAACACCAGUGGUUGUCAAUCGUACAUCGACCAUUCCACAAAACGAUUCGGUUGAACAAACCGCAGCAGCAACGGCUGAGAUCAUUCCUCGUGUCGAGAGCGUUAUGCCUGUCAACCAGCCUACGGAAAAUGUUUUCUUGAUGACCGUCAUCGUUAAUCUGGUGGACGCCUUUGGACAGGAGCACCCUGCUCGUGCUUUGUUAGAUAGUGCAUCCCAGCCCAAUCUAAUCACCGAGCGCAUGGCCCAGCUGCUACGCAUUAGACGCAAUCGUGUUAAUAUCAUAAUCAUGGGUGCAGGACAACUGUCAAAACCUGUUCGCGAAUCAGUAAGAACACAAGUAAGAUCCCGUACGACUGAUUUCUGCUGUGACGUUAGUUUCCUCGUUAUGAGUAAAGUGACUGCCAACCUUCCUGCCCAAGACGUCUCUCGGAUGGGUUGGAAACUCCCCAAGGAUAUUACACUCGCGGAUCCAACCUUCAAUCGAAGCCAACCGAUAGACUUAGUGCUAGGCGCCAAGCACUUCCACUCUCUUUUCCCAACUGCUGCUCGGUUACAAAUCGAAGAUCGGCUUCCUUUGCUCGUCGACAGUGUCUUUGGAUGGGUUGUUGCUGGGUCCGCUUCCUCUAUCAGAGCAGCUGACGAGUCAGAUGUGGAUGAAAUACUUCAAUCGAACGUAGUUUCUAUGGUUUCCCUAGAACAGAGCAUUGAGAGAUUCUGGAUGACUGAAAGCUUGUCAACAAAUGAUACCCUUUCAGUAGAGGAAAGAUUCUGCGAAAAUCUCUACCAAUCCACCACCACACGUAAUCAACAAGGACGCUAUGUGGUUCGCUUACCUCUCAAAGAAGAGCUCAUCACCAAGCUAGGGGAUUCAAAAGGACCAGCCUUCCAUCGGUACCAGCUACUAGAACGGCGCCUCGCUAGAAAACCAGAACUCAAAGUAGAGUAUGGCAGAUUCAUGGAAGAAUAUCUCUCCUUGGUCACAUGA